CAUACAACAAUAAAUAGAGCUGUCAAUAUCAGUCUGAUUCUUGCGAGAAAAGUGUUUCUUCUUAUCUUCCAAAUUAAAAAAUUGCCGAUAAAACAAUGAAUACUACAUUUAUAACUGGAUAAGAAGAUAGCAAUAUAAUUCUAAAUCCGAUCCGUAUAGUAUUUUCCGGCCUCACCUUGUCCCGUUUGUUGUUGUUUUUCUCGUUUGUUUUGCAUGUUAAUAUAGAACGUUUCGUUUUAAUCAACUCCUCCGGUCAUGAUAAUUCUUAAUUGUUCAUUUUUAUUAAUAAAUAAUAAAAGCUGCAACGUCUCGUCUUAUCAUUGUUGUUACGGUUGUGAAUUGUGCGCGUGAUACGGUAGCGUCUACAGGACACAAUGGCCGAAAAUCUUGUCUGGCGUCUUGUGUGUCGGUAUAAAGUGUUCUUUGUUGUGGGCUUCAUUAUAUUUGGAAUACAAAUAUUUUUGGCCUACAAGUCACUGAGUCUAUCUAACAGUGCCAGCUACGAGGAUGCAACAUACUUGGGGCAAUCAUCAUUGACUGAUAUAAAGGCGAAAUCCGCCACAGGGGCUGAUAGCACAGGUGAUGAUGAAGAUUCCAACAACCCUUCAUUAUUAGGUAAUAAAAGGCAGCAAUCAGCUUCAUCCUCCUUUUCAUCAAACAAUGUGGACUUGAAUGGCGAUACCCUAGCCACGGCCACAUUAAUCUCACCACAACAAUUGGGUUUUGUACCGCCAUGUGAUAUUAUAUCAAAAGAUGCCAUAUCAGCCCUGCAGAGGGCAAAAACCAAAGACUGCCGCCAACAUAUCGCUGGCAUUGCUUGUGCAAUACAAUCACGAAAAUUCUACCCGAAAACUUUGCCAAGCUAUUGUCCGAGCAAUCAUACUGCCAACAAUCUGUUGGGUUGUUUUCGAGAUGAAAAGAAGUUUCGUCUUCUGUCGGGAUAUUUUGUAAAUUUCAAAACAUCGAAUACUGUAGAGAAAUGUAUUCAACUUUGUCUGCAAUCUGGAUAUCCAUAUGCUGGAGUGCAAUAUAGUACAGAAUGUUUUUGUGGCUAUGAUGCACCACCAGAAGCGUCUAAAUUGCCCGAUUCUACGUGUAAUAUGAAGUGUUCCGGUGAUCAGCAAGCAAUUUGUGGUGGAUAUUUUGCAAUGAAUAUAUAUGAAACAGGAAUUGCAAAGUUCACUGCUCAAAUAGCUGAAAGUGGGGUUAAACGUAACGCAACUGAUGAGGAUAACAUUAGAAUUGCAUUUCUCUUAACAUUAAAUGGACGUGCUCUGCGGCAGGUACAUCGUUUAUUGAAAUCGUUGUAUCAUACCAGGCAUGUUUACUACAUUCAUAUAGAUGAGCGUCAAGAUUAUUUAUAUCGAAAUCUGUUGGAAUUGGAAAAGAAAUUUACAAACAUUCGAUUGGCACGCAAACGUUUCUCCACCAUAUGGGGUGGGGCCUCCCUACUUACCAUGCUAAUGCAGUGCAUGCAUGAUCUCCUGAACUCAUCAUAUCAAUGGGAUUUUGUAAUCAAUUUAAGCGAAAGUGAUUUUCCCGUAAAGAAACUUGAAAAAUUGGAAGAAUUUUUAUGGGCCAAUCGUAAUCGAAACUUUGUUAAGGGUCAUGGAAGGGAAACCCAAAGAUUUAUACAAAAGCAAGGUUUGGACAAAACCUUCGUUGAAUGUGAUACCCAUAUGUGGCGGAUUGGAGAUCGUAAACUGCCCACAGGCAUACAAAUAGAUGGUGGUUCCGACUGGAUCGGUUUAUCAAGGCCUUUUGUCGAAUAUGUUAUACAAAAUAAAGAUAGCGAUGAGUUACUUAAGGGGCUAAUGAUCAUCUUUAGGCACACCCUUCUGCCGGCUGAAUCGUUCUUCCACACCGUUCUAAGAAAUUCUAAAUUUUGUGGAACCUAUGUCGAUAACAAUUUACAUGUCACCAAUUGGAAGCGCAAAUUGGGUUGCAAAUGUCAAUAUAAGCAUGUGGUCGAUUGGUGUGGUUGUAGUCCAAAUGAUUUUAAGCCCGAAGACUGGACACGUCUACAGAAUACUGAAAGCAAAAUGUUAUUUUUUGCUCGCAAAUUUGAACCGAUCAUAAAUCAAGCCAUUAUAUUGAAACUCGAAGAAUGGCUGUACGGCCCAUAUCCAACGGAUGCCCUGAAUUUACAUAGUUACUGGCAAAGUUUUUACAAUAUCGAGGAUAAGCCCACAAAACAAGAUGAUCUGACAUUGACAAUUGCCGAAAGUUUGGUCAGGCGUUUGUCAAGGCAAUGGAACACCAAACAGGGUGUAAUUUUAGAACUCAACCAUUAUAUGCACAGUGAUCAGUACAAAGGAUAUUUGCUGAGGUUUAAAACUACUGAUGCUGUUAAAAAUAAAACAUAUGAAUUGGAAUCUCGUAUACGACCAGUACAAUAUGCCAAAUUUGCUAAAAAUUCGAAAUUUGCCAAACGACUGAAAAACUUUGAAAUAUCCAGUGACUAUGAUCAGAAGGAGCAAGUUUCUAGGAAUUAUCAUAAGUUUUUAGGUCCAUAUACCGAUUUGGUCUUAACGUUUACCUUUGUGGGUUCAGCUUCGCACUCGCCCAAGGAUACUUCACACUCCUACAACUUGACAUUGUUGUGGAUAGAUCCAAUGGGCCGUUUGCAGGACUUUAAUGAGCUGCACAUUGAGGAUUCACAAACCGAUAAUAUAAACUAUUCAAAGGCUAUAUUGAAACAGCCAUUGUGCCCGGGAAUAUGGACGGUGAAAUUGAUUGGACGUUCUGCCAUCUAUGCUCAAACUAAAUUCUUGGUAACACCCUUGGCAUUUUACAACCACCAACCCAUUCAGACGGAAAGAGCGCGCCUCAUUAACGCCGGUGAUGGCUUAACACUGUCCGAAGAUUUCUCUCUGCCUGAGGAAUGGAUACAAUAUUUGCCUGGCCACGAAGAAUCGUUGCAGCUAAAGAACCUUGCCCUAAGGAAUGCCCUACGUACUGGAGAACAACUAAAUGAAUGGGUAGACGAUUUGACGGGAAAAUUCCAUCAUUUUCGGGAAACAUGUGCAGUUAAUGAAGAUGCCACCAAAUUGUCUACUGCAUCCCUAGAAAUGCUGCCCUUAUGUAGAGAUACAUCCUGGAGUACCUUGGCUCCUGACCCUAAAAGUGAUGUAUAUAAAUUAGCAAAUAUUAAAAGAUGAAAUUCGACAAGAAUCUAGACAUUUUGUUCAAAAAAAAAAGAAGAACCAAAAAUAUUUUUAGUUUACAAACUUUGGAAUUAGGCAGAGUUAUGAUUUUUACCAUAAAAAUCAAUAAUUAGACAUUAUAUCAAAUCUUGUUUUAACAAAAACCAAAAGGUAUGCAAUAUACAUAUAGCUAUGUAUUUUUAAAUUAAUUAAGGAAAUGUAGAUAACGAUUUACAUGUGGACGAGCGUAUUGUUUCAAACACAAAUUUGUUGUUAAUUUGUUGGUAUUUUAUAGAUUUUUUUAUGUAAAUGGAAGCAUUUGAUAAGCACAAUUUUUUUAUAAACUAUUAUAUUUCGAUCGAUAGGCAAUGAACACACAUUUCACUUAAUAACAAAACACUGCACUUUUUUCUCGCAAAUCUUUCAUUGUCAUGUGUUUUUAACUUAAAAUGCCAUUUUUAUCAUUAUUGUGUCAUAUAACAACAAAUACUAUACUUGUGCAGUCAUCAUCAAUUUUACUGAUAUGUGUGAUAUCUUUUUGUCCAUAUCUUUAGUUUUACAAAAAGUAAACAAGUGCAUUAUGCCUUUGCAUAAAUACACAAUUAUCGUUUUUUUAAUAUUAAACAAAAAAAAAAAAAAAAAUCUAUGUAAAUAUUUUAACAUUUAAGUAUUGUCCACUAAAGGCAUUUGCAAUUGUAUUACAAGUAUUAAGAAUGUAACGUAAACUAAUCUAGCAGCAAAUCAAUUCAUUGUAAAUAUAAAAUGUAGUUAAACGCAAUCUAAUUCUCUUAACUCAAAUUUCAAUCUGAAAAUUUCUUCUUUUUU